AUGACAACCUCCUCUGCUCCCCUGGAGGCCCUUAUUACUACUCCAACCUGGCAUCUGCUGCCGCUUCUGGUAUUGCUGACUAUCUUGAACGUGGAUAUUGCCCCUGUGUACCGUUGGAUCAAUACACGAUGCACCUGGAAGUCAGAAGACAAGACCCAGAUGGCAUCAUUAACUACUUCCUUAGCAAGAUACUCAACAUCAACAUCAAUAUCACCGAUAUUUAGGCCACUCGUUGCGUCCUCUGACAAGCGUCGCACAGCCGAAGAUUUCUCUAUUCUCCGUACCCACCCCUGCCUUUCAUGGUGGUGGCCAUGGAGGCUGCCGUGGAGGAGGUCUGCCGGCGAUGUUUGCAAAUUUUCAUGGGCAUCUCAGGCUCGUUGCCCCCUGGUGGCAGAAGUGGAGGCCGUUGCCAACGAUAAUGAGCUUGCGAUGUUCCUCUGCUGGAGAGAACUGCCGUCCUUGGCCCUCAUCCUGUUCCUCCUAUGCCACUCCUCCGCCUUGUGGAGGCCCCUGUUCCUGCUCAAGCUGCUCCGCCCGCUGCUACUGUUCCGCUACUGUUCCAGUUACAGCUCCUGCGCCGCAUUGACGUUGUUAAAAGACCGAUGUUCCCUCGAUCUCACUUAG